AUGACUUCUAGCUAUGCGCAUGUAAUGGACAGACGAGUCCCAUCGGUUCCCAGCAGACUGGAAAGCCCCAUCACAGCCAACCUGGACAACCUGCAGGCCAAGAAGAACUUCUCAGUGAGCCACCUGUUGGAUCUGGAGGAGGCAGGAGAAAUAGUAGGUGCGCAGGCGGAUGAGAGUGUUGCGGAGACGGGCAGGACCAUGCUGGAGUCUCCGGGCUUGACCAGCGGCAGCGACACUGCGCAACCCGACAACGAGCAGCUAAACUCAGAGGAGAAGAAGAAACGUAAGCAGAGGCGGAAUAGGACCACGUUCAACAGCAGCCAGCUGCAGGCACUGGAGCGAGUGUUCGAGAGGACGCACUACCCUGAUGCCUUUGUGCGAGAGGACCUGGCCCGCAGGGUCAAUCUAACAGAGGCCAGAGUACAGGUGUGGUUCCAGAACCGACGGGCGAAGUUUCGGCGUAAUGAACGAGCCAUGCUGGCCAGUAAGAACGCUUCUCUACUCAAAUCCUACUCAGGAGACGUGACGGCAGUGGAGCAGCCCAUCGUGCCUCGGCCAGCCCCGCGUCCCAAUGACUACCUAUCCUGGGGCAGCGCUGCCCCUUAUAGCACAAUGGCAACAUACCCACCCACUUGUUCCAACACCACUUCCACACAGGGAAUGAACAUGGCCAACAGCAUCGCAAACCUAAGACUAAAAGCAAAAGAGUACAGCCUCAACCAAGUUCCUACAGUCAACUGA